AUGGCAGGACAUACAGAUAAGUCAGAAUAUAGUCGUGAAAAUUUGGCUGGUAAAUUAAAGCCAAGUAAGGAAUUAUUACAAUCUGGUGUUAAAAUAUAUUAUUCUAGUAAUGGUUGUCAAACUUACAAAGUGGUUACACUUAGUGAUGUUUUUAUUAAAGAAAAUAAGGUUUAUUGUGAAUUGCAUUUUGUAGAUAAUAGUGGAGAUCAAAAUACAACAAUUGUUGAUAUUGAAAAACUCAUUGAAAACAGUCUUAUAGAAGAAAAUUAUUUAGAUGAAAACAAAAAAUCCAGAAAAAAAUAUAAAAAUGAAACUAAAGAUGGAAUUGUUACAUAUAAAUAUUAUAAAAUAAAACUAGAAGAAUGUUUUGAACAUUUAGAUGGAUAUCCUUUCAACAGUGGUUAUAUAUCAUUAUUAAAAAAAUAUUUAAAUCAAAUAAGUUUCAGUUAUACAUCACCAAAUAUAGCAAGUCCUGAAAAAAAUGCUCUUUUGAUAUUAGAUCAUUUUGCCAAAUUAGAUAAUCAAAUAUCUCCAUUUAGUGAUAAAGAGUAUAUUGAUACAAAAAGUAUAAUGAAAUAUAAAAACGAUUUUGUUGAUCUUGCUAACAAAUUUAAUAAAUAUGGACCUAAAUUUACAAUAUUUUAUGAAACAAAUACUAACAUGUAUGAAAUGGAUAUAUAUAUAAGUUUUCAUAAUAACAAUCCAAAUUUUGGUUUUGCAAUAUUUGCAAAUGCUUACAAUGUUAUACGAUUUAUAAACAAUAUAUUUAUUGAACACGCAAAAAAUCCUAAUGGAUCUGUUGCUACUGAAUUUGGAAUAAAUAGAUUAGUUGGAAUAGCAAAUUUAAUUUCUGAUAAUCAAAAGUACUAUUUGCAAGAUUAUGUAACAGAUUUUAAUCGUUUUUAA